AUGAAAAAGAUCACUUUUUUAUUGCUCAGCUCUUCUGGGUCGCUCUGAUUUUCUUCUUGCUGCAUUAAUGGUUCUCUCUCUCUAUUCUGCUUCUGCCUUUUCUUCUUCUUCUUCUGCUGCUGCAACGUGGCAAGUUUCCAUUCUUACAAUAGCUGAAUUCCACUAUUACUUUGGGAAUUUGGACUGAACAUGUUUUCCUUCAUCAUCAUCAGGGAUGAGUUCAUUUUCCUUCAUUCAAUAGUUUUUUGGUUCUUGUUGUUUGCUUGAAACUGCUGCAUCUUCAUUCAUGGCAUUAAUGGGCAUGGGUGCAAAUAUGCAAUACAAUGACCAUUUCCCGGGACAUUACUCCAUGAAGGGCCUCAUCUUUGGUGCCGAAGGAAGCUCAUGGACUUCAUCAAACAAGGGACUUCUAUAGCAGACAAUUCUCGAGCAUGAUGCUAUAUUUAGGGACCAAAUUCAUGAGCUGCACCAAAUUUACCAGAAGCAAAGGGAAUUGAUGGAUGAAAUUAAAAGGAAUGAAUUAUGUAAACAUGAUUUAAGGUUGGAGACAUCAUGGUCAAGUUCCUCUCUGUGUUGCUCAUCAAAUUUGCCUCUGUUGGCUGGUCAAUCAUCUGUUUUAAUUGUGGAACGCAUCGAGUCACUAAUGGCUUUGGCACAAGAAAAGAACAGGCAAAGAUGUCCUGCUUCUGAAACUACUCCAACUGUAAUCAAAGAUCUCUUAAAAGAUUCUGAAUUAUCACAGUCUUACAGAAAAGUUGGUAACAAAAUUUUGGAUCUCCAACUUCCAGCUGAAGAGUACAUUGAUAGUGAAGGCGAUUCUUUCGAAAGUGAAAAGAUUACAUCUUUUACUUUAAAUGGAACUUCUCAGGUUGUGUGUAACGGUUUAGCCGACUUAAAUGUACCUUUUAAUCUCGAGGAAGAGAUGGGUGCGGAGUCUGAUGAUUUGCAGCCCAGAAUCCAUCAUGGAAGCUCCCUUGUUUGUGAUCUAUCAAGAGCAACAAAAUCAGGCUGGCAUAAUUUUCUCAAUGAUGCUAUACAGAAUUUGAACAAAAGAAAGUAUCUUGAAGAUUCCUCAGAUGAGAAACUCGUACCGAUGUCCUCAAGUAAUAUUGCUGGGAAAAAUGGCAGGGUCUUGAAUUCCCUAGCCGGAUUUAGUGAUACCGACAGGCAAUCUGUUCCAGUUGAAUCAUUGAGUCAGAAACUUGAGCAAGUUAACAUUUUUGCAUGUUUGCAAAACUAUCUUUUCCGCAACGGCUUUUGCUUUAGUGCCAAGGCAUUUCAUCAACCAUCAAUCGAUACUGAUGAGCUAAGCAGCUGCAACAACCAUGGUUCAUCAUCGGCUAGCCGUGAGCUUAGGGAGUGUGUUCAGGGCUCUGAAGAUGUGUUCAAUCCCAAGAACAUAAACCUGAAUACCAUGCCUGCUUAUUCCGAUACAAUAACAGCAUUUCAAAGCAUUCAGAAUUCAAGGGAAGAAGAUAAGUUUGAGUGUUCAAGAUUUCCUUGGCUUAAAGAAAAGCCGGCACCCCAAGGAAAACUCAAUGAAGAGGGUAAAUCUUCAACACAUGUAAGAAGCAACACUCUUGCAUUUGACAUUAAUGGAAAGACCGAUGCUUCCAAAAUUCUGUGCGUUGAAGAAACUCUGAAUAUAUCAAAAAAUUCACAUGUAGAUCAUAUUCUUGACAAGGGGGAACAGGUCCGUGCUGGUGAAAAGUUCUUGGAAAAUGAGAAGACGAUGCAUGAAUGCUUGAUCCGCGUCAUUGACCUGAAUUCAUGCAUGAAUGCGGAUAAGAAUACACCAAUGGAUAUCGAUCUUCAGGCCCCUACGAGUCCAGAAAAUAAGGAAAGUUCUCCACCAAGAGGAGAAUCCGAUGAAGCCCAAGAGGAGCAAGCCAGAAUGGCAGCAGAGGCUUUGGUUUCGAUAUUCAAGGUGGCGAUCCAUAAUGGUCUCCAAAUGACAACAUGUUCACCAUUAGAAUCUUCCAUGAGUAGCCCUCUUCACUGGUUUUCUGGGAUUGUUUCUGCAAUAGUGGAUCAUUCAGAGAGUGAGGUUACCUUGGAGCAGCAUCUGCCUACUGAUUUUGAUUACUUUGAGUUCAUGACUUUAAAUUUGACCGAGACAACAAUCCUAGAUAGCUUCUAUAAGAGCAAUGGCCAAUCCAAGCAAGAAGGUGAAGGGUCUACCUCACUGACUCGAUCGAGGAAGUGCCGAUCAAAUAGGUCCCGGCGGGGGAAGGACUUCCAGAAUGAGAUUCUACCAAGUCUUGCUUGUUUGUCAAGGCACGAGGUGACCAAAGACCUUAAGACCAUAGGAAGUCUAGUUAAAGCCGCCACGGCUCGUACUACUCGCUCGACAGCUGGCUGCGCAAGAAGCGCAGGUAAAAAUGCACCGGCCAAGGCGAGGAGAAGGCCAUGUAAAUCAGCUUCUAACAUUACAGACUUACUGAAAAGAGGCCUAAUUAGUUGGCAAAAAAUAUGUAGAAAGAAAAGGAGCCAAAGAUUUCCAGUCAGUAAUCUCCAGCUUAUUUUUAAAUCAAGUACAUAACUAACUGAUCCGCCUUUGAAACUAUGUAAUUUAUACUCAUUUUGUCUCGUAAAAUGAUGAGUUAAAGACAUGCAGAAAUGCAUGUCAACUUAAUUUACGAGACAAAAUGAGUUCAAAAAACAUUCCAGAAGGGAUCUUUUUGUAAAUAUUUUCA